UGCACGUGUUACCGACCGCGCUCUCGGCCAAUGGAAAUAGCCUUUGGACACGCCCAUUCCCGACCUGCAGAGAGCGCUGUCUCAGAGACAUGGAGAUGAGGUUUGAUGAAUCUGUGAAUCUCGGUGCUAUUUAGGAUCCAGGGUACAGGGUUCGGUUUGUCCCCCCCCCCAUACAUUCUCGUGCAGCUUGUAACGGCGACGGUUUUCCGACGAGUGACGUAAUCUAUUUGGCCCGCAAAUAUAGGGUUGCACGCGAGCUCAUUACUGCAAGCAUCGAUCAGGAUGGCCGGAGCGAGAGCGAGCGGAGGCUGUCAGAAAAUCCGCGGCGCUCAGCUGCUCGAACUGCUCGAGUCCAAGCACGACGUGCUGUUCGACUGCGACGGUGUGAUCUGGAACGGAGAGACGGCGGUGGCGGGGGCUCCCGAGGCGGUGCGCGCGCUGAAGCAGCGCGGGAAGCGGGUGUUCUUCGUCACUAACAACUGCACCAGGCCAAGGCAGAGCUACGUGCAGAAGUUCGAGCGGCUCGGAUUCGCCGACGUGAAUGAGCAGGAGAUCUUCAGCUCGGCGUACUGCUCGGCUGCGUACCUGCGCGACGUGGCCACUCUCACCGGCAAGGUGUUUGCCAUCGGCUGCCCCGGCGUGCACACCGAGCUGCGGGAUGCCGGUAUCGCCGUGGUCGAGGAGGAAGAGGACGGACCGGACGUCAACAUUUCCAACUGCGCACUGGACCCGGACGUGCGCGCCGUGCUCGUGGGCUACGACGAGAAAUUCAGCUUUAUGAAGUUGGCCAAAGCCUGCUGCUACUUGCGGGACUCCGAGUGUUUGUUUCUGGCCACUGAUCCCGACCCCUGGCACCCGCUGCGUGGAGGAAGAAUCACACCAGGUUCUGGGAGUCUCACUGCAGCUUUGGAAACAGCCAGCAGCAGGAAGGCCACGGUGAUCGGCAAACCGAGUCGUUUCAUGUUCGAGUGUAUCGCCAGCCAGUUCGAUUUAGACCCAGAGAGCGCUUUGAUGGUAGGCGACCGCUUAGAGACUGAUAUCGUCUUUGGCAUUAACUGUGGCCUUUCUACAGUGCUCACACUAACGGGCGUCUCGACCUUCGAGCAAGCGCUGGUAUACAAGGACAGUGACGAGGCAGAGAAGAAGGACUUUGUGCCCGAUUAUGUGGUGGAGAGCAUCGCAGAUUUCAUGGAGGCUUUGGAGGAGUAGGGAAAUAAAGGACAUGGCAGUUAUGAACACUAAUAGACCCCAGAGCGCACAGCUUUUGCCUGGUACCCAAAACAGUCAUUACUGUAUGUCCAAUGCUGCUGUUCAUGGUGUACAGUUAUACGUACGUGUCCUCAUGGUUGGAGUUCUGUUUAUCAUUACUGCAUCUGAUGACAUGGACGUAUCAUGUGUUUAAAGUACUUGAAUGAAUAAUGAACAGAUUUUGAAAGGAGUAGCUUAGCCAAACAAAAAGGUGCCAUUUUUCCUUACCCCAGAUGUUGUCGAUCAUGUUUAAUGUACCUGAGUUUGCUUCUUUAUUUUGUGAGGGGUAAAUUUAACUAACAAGUAAGGGAAGCUUGGCCGUAUCUGGGGCUUGUAUUUCCAGCUGCUUAUAGAGGGGUGCUUGAAUGUAGAAUUUUCUGCAUGAAUAUGACUUACAACAUAAUCAAAUUUUCUUUUCCUAAAAUUAGACAGAGAUCCCAAUUUAAAAAUAUUAUACUUAAUAUUUUAUUGAUCCAAUAUUACAUAUCUGUGAGUGGCAAAAGUAUGUGCACCUGUGCUGUCAUUAUCUGGUGUGAUCCCCUUGUGCAGCAAUAACUGCAGAUAAAUGUUUGGGGUAACUUUUGAUCUGGGAUGUUGGUGGGUUUCCUCACAUGAACUGUUUGCUUCAGGUUCUUCCACAACAUUUCUAUUGGAUUAAGGUCAGGACUUUGACUUGGCCAUUCCAAAACAUUAACUUUAUUCUUCUUUAAACGUUCUUUUGUAGACUGAUUUGUGUGUUUAGGCUCGUUGUCUUGCUGCAUGACCCACUUUCUCUUGAGAUUUACAUCACGGACAGAUGUCUUGACAUUUUCCUUUAGAGUUCGCUGAUAUCAUUCAGAACUCAUUGUUCUAUAAAUGAUUGUAAGCCUCCCUGGCCCAUAUGCAGCAAAAUGGGCGCAAACCAUGAUACUACCACCACCAUGUCCUCAGAGAUCUCCUUUGUUCCUGCCAUGAUACACUUCCACUUGUGCAGAUCAGACUUUGGUAGAUCCCUUUUCUUUAAAUAUAACAGGGCGCUCAGUCGUACCUGAUUGUCAUCCCACUGAUUGAAAACACCUGACCCUUAAUUUCUCCUUCAAAUUAACUGUUAAUCCUAGACGUUCACAUAAUUUUGCCUCUCACAGAUAUGUAAUAAUGGAUAAUUUCUCAAUACAUAAAUUACCAAAGUGUAAUAUUUUUGUCUCAUUUGUUUAACUGGGUUCUUCUUGUCUACUUUUUUUAGUACUUAUGUGAAAAUCUGAUGUUUUAGGUCAUAUUUAUGCAGGAAUAUAGCAAAUUCUAAAGGGUUCACAAACCUUCAAGCACCACUAUAUCCCUAUAGAUAUUUUCAAUUCUAUGCGUAUUCAAGUAAAGGAACUGGUUAUGUAGAAAUGAGGGGUGUCGGAUUGGACUGGAAGUCCCAAACCAAUCAUGGCUUAAACCUCAUCAGCUGACUACACAACUUCAUAUGAAAUUACAUUCAAAUGGAAUUAUAUCAAAUCAAAUAUGAAUAUAAAAAGCAAAAGGUUGUUUCAGACCUGCCUGAAGAUUAAUAAUGAGAAGAAUAAAAGCAAGGGCAAAAAUAUUCCUAAUGUGAGAGAGUUGAAAGGGGGCGGAGCUUCCAGUGGGUGACUGUUAAUAUUGGUGAGUUCAAAACGACUAAACAACUCAAUAUGAAUCAUUCCAGAUUCAUAUGCUGAUUGACUCAUCUUCUGUGUUCACUGGGCAGGAAAAAGACGUUGAAGAUUGGCAGGUCUGUUAUUUGUUUCUGGAUCAAUGAGAAUAAAAAUGCUUCAACUUUUGAGAUGUGAUCUGGCAACCUUUUGUUGGAUAUACACACACUUUUUUAAAUUAUGAUGCAGUGGAGUGGUGAGUGUUGCAGUGCAAUGAAAAAGCAAAACCAACACUACAGUGUCUGUGGACUGUGUUAAAAGGGUGAAUUUACGAGUUUCACCACUGUACUGCACUUCCGUUAGUUCUUUACAUUAGUAGGAAAUCAACUACCUCACAUGACUUGUCCUGCUGUAUGUUUUCACUCCGCAAAGCACCCAGCAUUGCUUAUUUAGCAUCGUGCGACUUUCUUGUAAGGAAUAUUGAGCCAAACGAUGGCUUAGUAAAAUUGUAUGUGCAUACAGUGUUAUAAACUAAUCAGAAGUCCACAUAAAAAAAAAAAUAAAAAAAUAAAAAAUACAAAUCAACUGGGACCCUACCUGACACAAACUUUGUGAUUAGAUAGAAAGUGAUUCUGCUGCUGAUUUUGUAGAAUUUUUUUAUUUUUAUUUUAUUUUUUUAAGACAAGCAGGCUCAUCGGCUUCAUCUGGGUGUGUGGAAAAGUUUUACUUUCAUCUAAACUAUUCCUUUCAGUGUUUUAGAGACAUUCUGCAGGUGGUCAUGCAACACCGCAUCAUCCCAGCUGUAAUUAUUAGAAAGCAUGGCAAACGUAAUCCCAUUAACGAAGAAACUCUUUGUGGCGAUGAAGAAACGGCAUGCCAUACACGCACGAAGAAAACGAAAUAUAUCUGUCAACAAAUUAUUAAUUGUGUAUGUUAUAACAUUUAGAACUGGAAUUUUCCGGUGAAACCUCCUGCCCAGCAACAGAUGCUCUUCUGAAAAUGUUAUUUAAUUGUAUAAUAAAACCUACUGAAGUGUAACUUCUAGAGAA